CGCGGAGCGGAGGCGGAAGCCGCAGCAGGGCCGAUGAGCUGUGCGCGCUGGGCGGGUGUGCGGAGCCCCGCGCUGUGCCGAGUGACCCCGGCCGGCCAAGGAUGAUUACGAACACGCGGGGCUUCCUGUGGUCGGACCUGGAGACGCGGGCGCUGCUGGAGAUCUGGGGCGAGGCGGACGUGCAGUCGGCGCUGGACGGCAACUUUCGGAACAGCCAUGUGUACCGGGACGUGGCGUGCCGCCUGGCCGAGCUGGGCUUCGAGCGCACCCCCGAGCAGUGCCGCAUCCGCAUCAAGGGCCUCAAGCGGCAGUACUACCAGGCCCGGGACGGGCUGAAGAAGAACGGGCACGCCCGCAAGAUAUGCAAGUACUACGACGAGAUGGACCGGAUCCUGAGCUGCCGGGGGGGGCCCGAGGGCGCCCCCGAGCCGCUGGCCGCGCUGGCCGCGCCGCCAGAGGUUGUCCCGCCGCCCGCGGGGCCGCUCCCCGCGCCGCCCACGCCGGGCACGCCGCACAACAGCCGCGACCUGGACGGCGAGCUGGACGAGGAAGCCGGGCCGGAGUCCCCCCGCGACAACUUCACCGAGGACUCCGGGGAGUGCUCCUCCUACGCCGACCACCCCAUCAAGGUGGAGUGCCCGUCCUUCGCCAUCCCUGUGCCGCCGGGCGAUGGCUUUAAAGAAGUCAAUGCUCCAACUAUUACCCCACCUCUCAAUCAGCCCAAAAGAUCAAAAAAGCGCCAUACAAAUUUAACAUUGGAUAAAAUGAUGGAAAAAUUCUUGCAGCAGAGCAUGGAUACAGAUGAGAAAUUUUACAGAUUUGAAGAGCAGAGGCUCAAAAUUGAGGACAAGCGUCGGGAAGCUGAGCAUGCUCGAGAACUCCAGAUGUUACAGAUGUUGGGACAGAUGUUGGCAGGAAUUUCUUCUACAGUAUCACAAAGGUCACAGUCUAUACCAACAAGUCCACCUCGGAGAGCGAACCAUCGUUCAUAUGCGGAUAACUUUAAUUAUAAUGCUAUGACAACAACACUUUCUCCACCGAUAGUUAUAGAGAGAUCUUUUUCACUGCACAGAACACACUCUCUAAAGGAUAUGGAGAAUAUUUUUCAACUGGUGCGCAAUGUUAUCCCUCCUCUAACAGGGAAAAAGCAUAAAGGUCAAGAUGGUCGUAUAGGCAUUGUUGGAGGAUGUCGAGAGUACACUGGAGCACCGUAUUUUGCUGCAAUUACAGCUCUCAAAGUGGGUGCAGACUUAUCCCAUGUGUUUUGUACCAAAGAUGCAGCAACAGUAAUCAAAUCAUAUAGUCCAGAGCUGAUUGUUCAUCCAGUUCUUGAUAGUCCCAAUGCUGUCCAUGAGGUGGAAAAGUGGUUACCACGACUGCACUCAGUUGUCAUAGGACCUGGCUUAGGUAGAGAUGAAGUUCUACUUGAGAACGCUAAGGGUAUUAUAGAGAAAUCGAAAGUGAAAGGAAUUCCCAUCAUUAUUGAUGCAGAUGGACUGUGGCUCAUUUCCCAGCAGCCUUCUCUCAUUCAAGGCUACCAGCGAGCUAUUCUUACUCCAAACUAUAUGGAGUUCAGUAGGCUGUAUGAAGCCAUGCUUAGAGACCCCGUAGACAGUAGUGAUCAUCAUGGAUGUGUAUUAAGACUCAGCCAAGCCAUGGGGAACCUGACAGUUGUUCAGAAGGGAGAAAGAGAUCUUAUUUCAGAUGGAGAGAAAGUACUCGUAUGCAGUCAUGAAGGAAGCAGCCGGAGAUGUGGUGGACAGGGGGACCUUCUUUCCGGUUCUCUGGGAGUCUUAGCACACUGGGCAUUUGUUGCUGGAGCUGAAAAAACAAAUGGUCAAAAUCCCUUUCUAGUGGCUGCGUUUGGAGCUUGCUCUCUCACAAGGCAGACUAACCACCAAGCCUUUCAAAAAUUCGGACGUUCAAUGACAGCCUCUGACAUGGUUUCAGAAGUUGGAACAGCUUUUAGCAAGCUUUAUGAAACCUGAAGCCAAAGCAGCAGAGAAGAAAAGGAAGAACAAUGACUGCAAGAGUAAUUACAUGUACCGUAGAAUUUACAUAAGUAAUGCACCCUUUCAAGUGCUGUAGCGACAUUGGUAUGUUAGGUAGAUCUUUUUUAUUUUUAAGAAUAGAAAAAUAUGAUUAAUGUAGAUAUUUUUUAAGAGUUUGGAAUACAAAAAUGUUUUGGCUGAAAUAAGCUGUAGUUGCAGAUCUGUUAUAAUAUAAUAAAACUAAACUGAAAGUAUUCCUCUGUUCUUUUUGAUAGUUAUUGAGCAAUAACUAAAGUGUGAACAGCAAAAAAAAUGCACUUGAUAUUUAGAUAAAAUUCUUCCACCAGCUCAACUGAAUUUCUUGGAUUACACCAAGGUUGUCAUGUUGUCAUUCUUAGAACCUCUGUCUAGAAUUAGCUAUUGCACUUCAGUUUUUUGCCAUGCUAGUAUAUUAAGAAGCAAAAAAUAAGCCUCUUUGGAAAGGGAAUGCAUGAGAGUUGCUGUAGAUUUUGAAUGUAAUUAGUUGCCUUUUCUCAUUCCCGGUCCCAGAGGCAGCAUUCAUUUGGACAAGGCAUCCCUUCCUGCAAUGUCUUAUUUUGUUGUUUUAUAAAAGGUUCCCCUCGGCAGAAUAAGGAUAUACUGUAGGUAUCUUAGCAGCAAAAUUCAUUAAACAGUAAUUAGGCUUACCUG